AGAUGCUGUACCUGAUUCUUCAGAUUUAUUUCAGGAAAGACCCUGUACUCGCAACAGAAUCAACAAAUAAAGUGAUAUCAAGACCAUCAUGGACUACCUGCGUUGAAGAUAAGAUGUGGGAUAGUUAUAAUAAUAAAUGUGUAGCAUGUCCAGUAGGUUUCUACAGCACAAAUUGCUCAAGGACGUGCAGGUAUCCAAACUUUGGAUAUGAAUGUCAAAAUAAAUGCAGAUGCAAGCAGUCACUAUGUGAUCCUAAAAAUGGAUGUGCAAUCUCCAGGGAAAAGAACAACACAUCAGGUAUUCACGUUUGA